GAAUAUCAUAUAGUCACUGGUCGAAUUCAACGGUAGAAAGAUGGCGGCUCUGAAGGAAGUGGUGUCGUUGUACCAAACUUUAAAGAACGAAUGGACAAAGAAACCGUGUAAUUUACAACAAUGCGGUCAAAUAUUAAACAAAUUAAAGAUUGGCUUGACACAGUUGAUGUUUUUACCUACAUCAAAUAGCAGCGCUUCGCAAAAGGAACUUCUAAUCGCUCGUGAUGUACUUGAGAUCGGAGUCCAAUGGAGUAUCUCUACGGAAGAUAUACCAUCGUUUGAACGUUACAUGGCACAAUUGAAGUGUUAUUACUUCGAUUACAAGUUGGAGUUACCGGAAUCUGCGUACAAGUAUCAGCUUCUAGGGUUAAACCUUCUGUUUCUGUUGUCUCAAAACAGAGUAGCCGAAUUUCACACCGAGCUGGAAUUACUUCCGUCCGAUCAAAUACAAUCAGAUGUUUAUAUAAGACAUCCUCUGAGCUUGGAACAGUAUUUGAUGGAGGGUUCAUACAACAAAAUAUUUCUCGCCAAAGGAAAUGUCCCUGCAGCGUCGUAUAAUUUCUUCAUUGAUAUUUUAUUAAAUACAAUUCGGGAUGAGAUUGGUGCCUGUAUGGAAAAUGCAUACGAUAAAAUAUCUGUCAAAGAUGCCUUGAGAAUGUUAAAUCUCACAACAGAAAAAGAAAUCAAAACAUUUGCCACGAAAAAAAAUUGGAACUUAGGAAAAGAUGGCUAUUUUUAUUUUGGAAUACCAAAUGAGAAAAAAUCUGAGGAACCAAUUCCUAGUGCCGAUUUGGCCACUUUGGCAAUAGACUAUGCAAGGGAGUUGGAAAUGAUAGUGUAAAUCUUUAAUAAAGAAGUAUAAUAAGAAUUAUAAAAAAAAUCUUUACAUGCGAUACUUGAAAUUUGUAUUUAAGAUUGAAUAAAAAAAAUGUCCAAAA